CCAACGCCGGUCCCUGACUCCCGGCCCCGUAUCCUCUGCCUCCACGGCGGUGGCACCUCCGCCGCCAUCUUUCGUGCUCAAUGUCGCGUUCUGGUGCGGCACCUGCCACAUUUCCGCCUGGUCUUUGCCGACGCCCCCUUCCCGUCCGAGCCAGGGCCGGAUGUGCUGCCCGUCUACGGGAAUUGGGGCCCGCCCUUCCGCCGAUGGCUGCGCUGGAAGCCAUCGCAUCCGGCGGUGGAAGAUGCUGAGGCCGCUCAGGCAAUCAUCAGGAGCCUUGAGUUGUGCAAGGCGCAGGAUGAUUGGCUUUGUGCCAAGGAAGGCGGGAGUGGUGGGGAGUGGGUCGGGGUGUUGGGGUUUAGUCAAGGUGCGAAGAUUGCGGCGAGUUUGUUGUUUGAUCAGGACGCGGUUGAAAUGGGGCAGCAUGGAGGUGUUAGCGGAAGCCGCUCGACUGGGUAUAAAUUUGGUGUCCUGAUGGCCGGAAGGGGUCCUCUGGUGGCACUGAGGCCAGAGAACUUCGGAGAGCCGGCGCUCAUGGCGCCGGGGGAGAUGAGCCUACAGUGCAGCGAGUCUCGGCACAAGCCGCCGCACAUGUUGCGUCUGCCAACGGUGCACGUUCACGGGACGCGGGACGAGGGACUGCAAUGGCAUCGCAGGCUGGCUCAGCAGUACUGCGACCCAGAGACGACGACGAUAGUGCAGUGGGAUGGGGGCCAUCGUGUCCCAAUCAAGGCAAGCGUGGUGGCACAAAUCGCGGCUGAGAUCUACAGGGUGGCAAGGGAAUGUGGCGUUACCGUCUAG